ACAAAAUUUGUUCGUCGUUGCUUCUUGUUUCACACGAAAACGGAGCAUUAAUGUAAUAAUUCUGUUCCUCUAGUUCUGCCCUUUUCGUUCUAAGCUCGUUGCCUACUCGCGUACGUUUACUUUACACCAUUUCCAUGGUGACAGUUGAUUGACGCUUAUACUAUUAAUCGUCGCAAUGUCUGCCAACGCGUUUAAACGGUUGAUGGAAGCUUCCAAGAAAAUAGGUGACAAUAGUCCAUCACCAAAGAGAAUAAAGAACAAUUGGGCUAAAGAAGGCAGCAGCAAAGAUAUAACUAAAAAACACUACUGGAAAAGUGGGCUCAGUCAAGCUAUUAUGGAUGUGGAAAAUAUUGUUGCAUCAUCAGAUACUGUAGUUAUCAUCAAGGAUAAAUAUCCAAAAGCUAAAUUUCACUAUCUAGUGAUACCCAAAGUGGAGCAGUUGAAUUCUGCAAGAGAACUGACGAGAUCACAUAUCAACCUCUUGAAAGAAAUGCAAGAGAAAGCCAAAGGUUUGGUUAAAGAUCGUCAUCCAGAAACAAAGUUCAAAAUUGGGUUUCACGCUAAACCAAGUAUGGAUCACUUGCAUCUUCAUGUUGUCAGUACAGAUUUUGUGUCAACAUGUCUGAAGACCAAAAAGCACUGGAAUUCCUUCAAUACUGAACACUUCUUGGACCUACCAGAGCUUAUCAGCAAGUUGGAAGAAAAUGGCAAUCUUGUUUGCUACUAUCCGACUGAUAAAGAUAUUGAAUUAUACCUGAAGAAGGCGCUCAAAUGUAACCAAUGUUCCUUGGAAGCAAAGACGAUGCCAAACCUCAAGCAACACUUGAAUGCGCACGCUCAAUCGAGCUCCAAAAUGUAGAAGAAAAAGAAACAUCACAUUUCUCCUAGAAACUUUCGGCAUUCGUACCAAUGUGAAAGGGGGAAAGAUACUUGCAUAUUUUCUUUAUUUCCAUUUGUAAAUUUGUAAAAACACAAAAAAGCACAUAAAAAAAA